AAUAUCAAGCAGAUGAUUAAAUUAACACAAGAACAUAUAGAAGCACUGCUAGACAAGUUUGGAGGAGAGCAUAACCCACCAUCAAUAUACUUAGAGGCCUAUGAAGAGUAUACCAGCAAACUAGAUGCCCUACAACAGAGGGAACAGCAGUUACUGGAGUCCAUGGGGAACGGAACUGAUUUCUCUGUCUCCAGUUCGGCUUCAACAGACACGGUUGCAUCAUCUUCCUCCUCUAGCCUCUCCGUAGCACCUUCAUCCCUUUCAGUUUAUCAAAACCCCACUGAUAUGUCAMGGAAUAACCCAAAGUCUCCACAGAAGCCUAUUGUCAGAGUCUUCCUCCCCAACAAGCAGAGGACUGUGGUCCCGGCACGAUGUGGGGUGACGGUCCGAGACAGCCUGAAGAAAGCUCUGAUGAUGAGAGGGCUCAUUCCGGAGUGCUGCGCUGUUUACAGGAUACAGGAUGGAGAGAAGAAGCCAAUUGGCUGGGACACGGACAUAUCCUGGCUCACGGGCGAGGAGCUGCACGUGGAGGUGCUGGAGAACGUGCCGCUCACGACACACAAUUUUGUGCGGAAGACGUUCUUCACGUUAGCGUUCUGCGACUUCUGUCGGAAGCUGCUUUUCCAGGGAUUCCGGUGCCAGACUUGUGGCUAUAAAUUUCACCAGCGCUGUAGCACAGAAGUGCCACUGAUGUGUGUUAAUUAUGACCAACUUGAUUUGCUAUUUGUUUCCAAGUUCUUUGAACAUCACCCCAUACCACAGGAGGAGACCUCCCUAGGAGAGACCCCAGCAUCUGGAUCAUACUCUUCAUUGCCUCCCUCAGAUUCUGUUGGACCACCAAUUCUCCCUAGUCCUUCUCCUUCAAAAUCCAUUCCAAUCCCACAGCCCUUCCGACCAGCAGAUGAAGACCAUCGGAAUCAAUUUGGGCAACGCGACAGAUCCUCUUCAGCCCCCAAUGUUCACAUCAAUACAAUCGAGCCAGUCAAUAUUGAUGACUUGAUUAGAGACCAGGGUUUGCGAGGAGAAGGAGGUUCAGCUGCAGGUUUGUCUGCAACGCCUCCCGCCUCCUUGCCUGGGUCACUCACCAAUGUGAAAGCGUUACAGAAAUCCCCAGGACCCCAGCGGGAGAGGAAGUCGUCCUCAUCCUCGGAAGACAGGAAUAGAAUGAAAACCCUUGGUCGGCGAGAUUCAAGUGAUGAUUGGGAGAUACCAGAUGGCCAGAUCACAGUUGGACAAAGGAUAGGGUCUGGAUCCUUUGGAACGGUCUACAAAGGAAAGUGGCAUGGUGAUGUGGCAGUGAAAAUGUUGAAUGUUACAGCACCUACACCUCAACAGUUACAGGCUUUCAAAAAUGAAGUAGGAGUGCUCAGGAAAACGCGACAUGUGAAUAUCCUGCUUUUCAUGGGUUACUCAACAAAGCCCCAGUUGGCUAUUGUUACACAAUGGUGUGAGGGGUCCAGCUUAUAUCACCAUCUACACAUCAUUGAGACCAAAUUUGAAAUGAUCAAGCUAAUUGAUAUUGCACGACAGACUGCACAAGGCAUGGAUUAUUUGCAUGCCAAGUCAAUCAUCCACAGAGACCUCAAGAGUAAUAAUAUUUUUCUUCAUGAAGACCUCACAGUUAAAAUAGGUGACUUUGGUCUAGCUACAGUGAAAUCACGAUGGAGUGGGUCCCAUCAGUUUGAACAACUAUCUGGAUCCAUUCUAUGGAUGGCACCAGAGGUUAUCAGGAUGCAAGAUAAAAACCCCUAUAGCUUUCAGUCGGAUGUCUAUGCGUUUGGCAUCGUUCUGUACGAGUUGAUGACUGGACAGUUACCAUACUCAAACAUCAACAACAGGGACCAGAUAAUAUUUAUGGUGGGACGAGGAUACCUAUCUCCAGAUCUCAGCAAAGUACGGAGCAACUGUCCAAAAGCUAUGAAGAGACUAAUGGCAGAAUGCUUAAAAAAGAAAAGAGAUGAGAGACCCCUUUUUCCACAGAUUCUUGCCUCCAUUGAGCUUCUGGCCCGGUCAUUGCCAAAAAUUCACCGCAGUGCAUCUGAGCCCUCCUUAAACCGGGCUGGCUUCCAGACGGAGGAUUUUAGUCUCUAUGCUUGUGCUUCUCCCAAAACGCCCAUCCAGGCAGGGGGAUACGGAGAAUUUGCAGCAUUCAAGUAGCCACAGCACCAUGGCAGCACCCACUCUGUUAUUUAAGUCUUGUGUUCCUACAGUUUCUUAACAUCCAAACUCUAUUCUGCUCCUCAGCACCUAAAGUAAUCUAGAAAAGAUAUCCAUAAGCUUAAAAGCGGAGCAGAAUGGAACUGCCAGGCCAACACAAUGGGAAACCAAACCCAACCAAACCCAAGUACCUUUUUAGGAACCAGAACACCCUGCUGCCAGUGUUUCUCCUCCAACACAAAACACCACAUGCAAUCGGAGACCCGCAGUGGCUGCCUGUGCCCUUGGCAUCAUUCCCCGGAGAGAGGAGAGGGCCCUCGCGGUUCGACUUCGGUGCUCGGGCGCGAGGGCACGGAGCUGCUGCUGCUGCUGCUGCACGUCGGGAGCCUUGCUGGGAUGCUCUGCCGGGGCUUCCUCCCUCUAACCACGUGUCCUCAGAGGCUGACUGUCUGACGAGCGCUAAUGGAAAGGAUCACCCUCCGUUCUGCUCUCCUCCCCCCGGUGUGUGCUCGCUGGCUCACGGACAACGCAGCAUCCCCUUUUCGGUGCGCUGCAGGCUCGCGCAUCCACACCUGCCUCUGGUUCGGGCUGGCGCUGGCGGGAAAGUAAAAUUGCGGGGGCAUGGAGCUGGAGAAGAC